UAUAAUGCACAUGGUCUUCGACAACCGAUCAGGCGUUGAAGUGAAGUGUCACUUUCGAUCAUCAUGGAAGAUAGAACCAAGAUAAAACUUGAUGAACAUAAUGAAGAAGAUGAGGCAUUAGAUGACGAAAUUAAAAAGCUACAAAGCGAAAGCAAAGGGAUAUGUGGAUAUAUCCAAAAUGUGUCUCCAAUAAAACAAAACGACAAGCAGUUCAAAUGGUUUGAUUGUGAACUCCAGUUUGAGAAAGGCAUAGUAAGAGCAGUGAGUUUCGACACAAGUAGUCAAGUGAGGACAAAAUUCACCGACGCAGCCAAAGCGAAAGCACCCGUCAAAUUAACAAACUUCAAAAUUGGCAGUAAAAGGCCCGGAAAACAUCUUGAUAUUAUCGUCAGAAAAGAGACACGACUGGAAGAAGUUGAUAAUAUCCCAUUUCCAUUCAAGCCAUCCCCUACAGCGCUACAAGUCCAAAUAGGAAACUUAAAUAUGUUUCGAGCUAGCCAGUUGCUCUCCAUUACUGCCCUGGUGUCCAACAUACAACCAAAGAAAGAUGUAACAAAGAAGUCCAACAAGCAAAUUGUUUCACUUCAAGAAUGCCAAUUAACAGAUCCUACAGGAAAUAUAAAGCUAGUGCUGUGGGAAGAGUUUGUGGAUAGAUGUGAGAGUGGAAAGACCUACAUCUUUCAUAACCUUCAACUAAAAACAGACUACUCCCAGAAAUCACUCAGUACAUCACUACAUGGUUGUACAAUAACGGAGACAACACCAUUUCCUGACUUGAUUGCACCACAAGAAUUACCGAGCACAACUACGUCAAACCAAGUGCAAGUAUACGGUGUUUCGCAAAUAACUUCUUACACCGCUUGUAGUACUUGCUUGAAAAAAGUUCAAGAACAUCCAACAAAUAACAGCCUUGUUAAGUGCACAACAUGCAGGCUAACACUAAACAAAAAAAGAUGUCUUACCCAGUACUGUGCUAAACUGGUGUUUGAAUGCAUCGACAAUGAGAACAAAAAACUAUCUCUCACAUGUUUUCAUGAUACAUUAGAUAAGAUGUUGGAAAAAUAUAAUAUUCAAGAGAAUGCACACGAGAGCUUACAAAGUAUUACUAUUGACAAAUUAGAAGAAGCUCUCUCAAGCAUUGACGCUAUAAAUAUAUCCUACAAUUUUACAAAUUCCAAAGUAUUGUCCAUUCAAAAUUAAGUACUUGCAUCAUGUACUUGCAUGUUUCUUUUCGACAAACUUUUCUUUUGUAGUUUACAUUAUUUGACAUAUAGGCAACCAAGUGUUCACAUUGAUUUUACAUAUCAACUAUAUUUUGUAUUAUCACUUAUAGUUUUCAUUGUAUAAUUAUAUUUGAAAUUUAUACUUAAAUGUUUAUAUUAAAUGAUAAAAAGCUUUAGAACUAAUUUUUAAUUGCUCAAUAUCAUCAGUUCCAAUUUAAAAUAGAAAAAAAACAUGAUAUUUUUGAUACAUAGAUUAAUUAAUUCUUAGGAUAGAUAAUAUAAAUGAUUAUUUAGAUAGAUAAUGUAAGUGAUUUUUAGGAUACUUAAAGAAUUAUGAUUAUUUGGACAGAUAUUAUAAAUGAU